CAUUUCACAGGUCUGGGCGUCAGAACAUUGUUAUUUUCGCAAUGUCAAAGCGGCAGUGCUUCGUUUAACAACUUUUGAAACAUCUAAAACUACAGUAACAUCCGGCUAUGACGAGGCCUACAUCGGAUUUUAUCAGCUGUUUGUCUUUUACUGCUGCUGUCAUUCAGUGAAAUCUGGGGUCCUGUAAAGUGAGAUUAUGGAGGGGUUUUGGGCUGCACUGUUCCCUGUGCUCAGGGUUUGGUUCAACUGUUUGGUGCUCCUCAUCAUGUUACCAGCCAUGUUCGGGAUCUCUCUUGGCAUCACAGAGACAUACAUGAAGAUUCUUCUUAAAAGCCUUGAGUGGGCAACACACAGAAUCCAAAGGGGAAGCAGAGCAGAGGAAAUUCUGAAACGUUCUGCAUCUAAUGGUUUAAUUCAGCGAGAUAAUUCCUCAUUGGAGCAGGAGAUCGAGGCAUUGCGCCAGGACAGACCAAAGCCGGCUGAGCAUGGACGCUUUACUCUUAGCGAUGUGUUCUACUUUACUAAAAAAGGCAUUGAAAACAUAGUAGAGGAUGACGUCACGCAGAGAUUCACUUCGGAGGAGUUGGUGUCCUGGAAUCUUCUCACCCGAACCAACAACAACUUUCAGUACAUAUCAGUCAGACUCACUAUACUGUGGGGAGUUGGCGUACUUGUGAGAUACUGCAUACUUCUUCCUCUCAGAGUUACACUGGCAACUAUAGGCGUGAGCUGGCUGGUGAUUGCCACAUCUCUGGUGGGUUUCCUCCCUAAUGGCAGGGUGAAGGGUUGGCUGAGUGAACUCGUUCACUUAAUGUGUUACAGAAUCUGUGCAAGAGCGCUUUCAGCAACCAUACACUACCACAACAAACCGAACAAACCAAAGAAGGGAGGAAUUUGUGUGGCCAAUCACACUUCACCAAUCGAUGUUGUUAUUCUGGCUAAUGACGGCUGUUAUGCCAUGGUAGGACAGGUUCACGGUGGUUUAUUGGGUGUCAUCCAACGAGCCAUGGAGCGAUCGUGCCCUCAUAUAUGGUUUGAGAGAGCGGAGAUGAGAGAUCGCCACCUGGUGACACAGAGGUUGAAAGAUCAUGCAAAUGACAAAACGAAGCUCCCAAUACUUAUAUUUCCUGAGGGAACUUGCAUUAACAAUACCUCAGUAAUGAUGUUUAAAAAGGGAAGCUUCGAAAUCGGAGGAACUAUUUACCCCGUGGCCAUAAAGUACGACCCUCAGUUUGGAGAUGCGUUCUGGAAUAGCAGCAAGUAUAGCAUGGUCAGCUAUCUUCUGCGGAUGAUGACCAGCUGGGCUAUAGUGUGUAAUGUCUGGUAUAUGCCUCCCAUGACACAGAAGGAAGGAGAAGAUGCUGUGCAGUUUGCAAACAGGGUGAAAUCUGCCAUAGCCCAACAGGGAGGUUUAGUGGACUUGGCCUGGGAUGGGGCUCUUAAGCGAGCACGGGUGAAGGAUUCAUUUAAAGAGCAACAACAGAAGAUGUAUAGUCACAUGGUGGUGGGAGAUGACAGUAGUGACUAAGACAAAACCCCAUCAAAAAAGUUCCUCUCAUCAGAAACAAAAGACUGAAACAUGAAAUUGAUAUUUUCAUCUGCCAAUCAAAGGGUCGGAAAUCCAAAUAUCAAACAUAGUUUUGUUUGAAUAGUUUUAUUAUUGGAAAAUAUAAAUAAUGCCUACAAAUUUCAAACUGCUCACAAAUACAGUACUAAAAAUGGUUACUCGAUAAAAUCAAAAAAUAGAUUUUUUUAUGUUCCACAGUAAACUUUUCCUCCUUUAGUUCUUGAGAAGAUCAUCUA